UGGUCCUCUUACGGCUACCGUACUUCCUGUAGUGCUUGCGGUUUGGGGGAGUUUGUGAAUUAAAAGAAAAAGAAACAUUUGCAGCAUAAUAAUAUAUUAACAUAAGUAAUAUGAAAGUGAAAGAGAGAGCUACAGGAAAAGCGUAGGGUUUAUAAAGCGUUCCGAGAGGUCUGGAGAGCGGCGGGGAUGCGGCUUCGCGAUGGGAAACAUUUUCGGCAGAAAGAGACGAACCCGAGUCACAGAGCAGGACCGAGCAGUGCUGCAAUUAAAGCAGCAGAGAGAUAAGCUGAAGCAGUACCAGAAGAGAAUCAACCUGCAUCUGGAGAAGGAGAGACUGCUGGCACGGCAGCUGCUGCGAGAUGGAAGGAAACCGAAAGCAUUGCUAUUGCUUAAAAAGAAAAGAUACCAGGAACAGCUUCUGGACAAAACAGAAAACCAGAUCAGCAAUCUGGAGCGCAUGGUUCAAGAUAUUGAGUUUGUCCAGAUUGAGAUGAAAGUCAUUGAAGGGUUAAAGAUUGGCAAUUCCUGUCUAAAGAAGAUGCACGAGGUUAUGUCUAUUGAAGAUGUGGAGCGAAUAAUGGAGGAGACACAGGAAGGAAUAGAUUAUCAGAGGCAAAUAGACGAGGUGCUGGCAGGAAGUUUAACACAGGAGGACGAGGAUGCUGUGCUGGCUGAGUUGGAAGCUCUUACUCAGGGAGAAGAGGAGGUGGAAGAGCUGCCAGAGGUCCCCACCGAGCCCCUCCCCAAGGUCACAGACACAGAGCCAGGAAUGGAGAGGGUCAAAACCAAGCCUCAACAGGAGCUGUUGGCAGCUUCGUAACGAGCCUGCUUCCCUAUCCAUCUUCCCAGUCCCCUUCUGACUCUCUCCCAGAUUUUGCUAUUACUCCAUCUUAUCUUUUUAUUCCAGAUUUUGUUUUGUUUUUAAGAACAGAUGUCUCACUUCUGUAUUUUCCAAUUAUGAUUAUGGCUUCCCCUAUUUAGGACUUGGCGGGUUUGUCUCCUUUGUGUAGGGUUUUUUAAAGCAGUAGAUAGGUUUGAGUUUCUUAGAAUGACAUCAGCCUGUCCAUGUCACAGGUGUGUUAAUAAUGACAAUUCAGUGGGAAUGAAAAUUCAGAAAUGUAAUGGGCAAAGAACGUUUAAUUAUGUUUUUAAUCGCAUUGAACUCACUUAUUGCCUGCAGUUAUAAUUAAAAGGCAAUGGCAGUAUCUAAUCAUUGCUAACGAAAAUUUGUUAACGGAACUGUCAUUUAUCAUAUCAGUAAUACAGCAUGCCAUGCAACUACGGUUAUUCUUCUCAGAGGAAACUUUUUAUGUAACGAGAGACAACAAAGUCUGGGAAAGUGCAGGAAAUAAAUUGGUCAGCUAUUCAUUUAGCCCCCACACCUUCGCUCAUAUAUGUCAUAUUUCAUACUGCAUCUGCAGCCGUCCAUUUCUGUCUUCCUGGGUACAUAUUCAUUCAUUCAGUCGUGCACAGGUGAAUGCAAAUUAUUUACUGCCAAGUUAAUUCUUUUAGAAUACUACCCUUUUUUUUUUAUUGUAACAGACUGUAUUAAAAGACAGUUAUAGCAAGUGCAGUAUCUCCACAGAGAACCACUAGGGGCCUCUGUUUCUAACACUCCUGUCUUUUUAUGAGUCAGUAAUUGACUGGGGGUGAGCUCUAUGGGGAAAGGGCUCUACUGUUGCUGAUAAUUGCAUUGCCUACUGCGUAGAUGUUAAUGAUCAUAUGACAUUUGAUAAAGAAGUGCAAGUGAUAAUUACUCCACAAUGGGGACAGCGCCUCAUCCUCUCUUAAAAGGGCUACGCAGGGUCAUUAUCCUCAAAUAAAUACAUUGCAGGGUUAGAUUUCCUAAGCUUUUGCUCUAGUGCAGUUUGAAUAUCGCAGACGUUUUAAAAACAUCUGUAUCAUAAAACAAACAAAAACUGGUUGUCUUUUGUUUAGUUUUUUAAUACCUUGACUACAGUAGCAUCUAUUUCCAAUAAUUAAACCACCGUUUUAUGUAGGAGAGAUUUUCUUUUGCUGGAUUCUGUACUGAUGUAUUCGGACGCACUUCGACUUUGUGCAGGUCAGUAAAUUAAAUUCUAUUCGCAAUUAAUUGUAAAGUAAAAAGAGAGGUACAAGCAGCAGGCAGAAACAAACGUAGAAAAAAACUGCUGUUUAUCCUCGCUGAGGACAAAUCUGAGAGUAAGCAUCAUUCAGUAAAGUAAUGGUCACUAGCUAGUGCAAAACAGAGCUGAUAUUAUGUAGCAGUAGGUUUUGCGUUCGGGCAGCUGCAUCUUUUUACAUGCGUCUGGGUGAAUGUGCACUUUUUACUCUCUAAGCAGUUGUUACCAUCCUGUAAAAAAUAAUGUCCAAAUGUGUUUUUAUUGUAUUAUUGUAACCCAGCUGUGCUUAUGGAGGUUUCCCUUCAAUACAGUUCUUACUGAGUGUACCAUUAUCAGGUCAGGUGGACAUUAGGAAACAGUCUAGGGGAUGUCAGUUUUUUGGUAUGCUCCAACAGUAAAAGUAUUUUAAUUGUUUCAAA